AUGCCGGCGGACGACUACACUGCCGCAGUCUCUGGUGGUUUGAAGCUCAAGAGUGUCGCCUCAUCCUCCAAAGUCUCCAAAUCCCACAAAAAGAAGCGUCCGAAACCCUCCCAACCUGAAUCCUCCGCCGAUGCCAACGCGGAGAAGUCCAAAGAUGGGGCAACAGAUCAUGGCGACGAUGUCAAGGACGAGCACGAUGACGCUGCUGUAGACAAGAGUCAACAGGCAUCCGAGGAGGCCGAGGCUCUAUCGCCGGGGCGAGCAGGAAAGACAGAAGCGGAGCUCAGGCAUGAGGAGCGUAGACGGAAAAGGCUCGACGAGCGCCUGAAGCGCGAAGGCACCAAGACGCACAAAGAGCGUGUGGAAGAACUGAACCGCUACCUCAGCAAUCUGAGUGAGCAUCAUGAUAUGUAA